AUGUCAUCACCACCUUUUCUCUCAAAGCCCGAACUCGGGGAACAACUCCUUGUCUAUCUGGCCGUAUCUAAAGUGGCAGUGGAAGCAGGAGCAUUUUCCCAAAUAUGCGAACAAGAGGUAAUCAUCUUUAUAUGGAGAAACAUCAUUUGUCGAUUCGGCCUACCCAAGGAGAUCAGCUGUGACAAUGGACCCCAAUUCACGGGAAAGAAAACUUCCAAAUUCUUCGAGAAAUUACACAUUAAGAGGAUACUCUCAACUUCGUAUCACCUGGCAGGUAACGGGCAAGCAGAAUCCUCCAACAAGUCCAUAUUAUUCAUCAUGAAGAAGAAGAUUGAAGACGCCAAGGGACUAUGGCCGAAGAUACUCCUAGAAGUAUUAUGGGCAUAUAGAACCACCCCGAAGACAAGAACAAGAGAGACACCCUACUCUCUGGUCUAUGGGACCGAAGCAACCAUACCAGUCGAAAUCAGAGAACCCAGCCGAAGUUACUCCCACAAAAGCAGUACUAAUAAUGAUGAGAGUAGAAGGCAGGAACUCGAUGAGAUCGACAAAUGA